AUGAUCAAACUUGAGAUUGAUAAUCAGUACUCUUUCCCUUACUACCGGGACAGGAACUCAUUUCUUAAAUCAGAACUUCAAAUCUCUAUCAUGGCUAAAGGUUCUAAGAAAGCAAAGAAGGGGGCCAAUGUCUUCACACUUUUCAGCCAGAAGCAGAUUCAAGAAUUCAAGGAAGCUUUCGGUAUUAUUGACAACGACAAGGACGGUAUUGUUACUGCCAAUGAUCUGAAAACAGCUUUUGCUGGAGUAGGUAAGACAGUAAGCGACAGUGAGGUGAACAAUAUGCUAGGUGAGGCCCCAGGCCCGGUCAACUUUACGCAGAUGGUCACCCUCUUCGCAGAGAAAAUGGCCGGAGGGGCUGACGACGAUGACGUCAUCAUCAAAUCCUUUGAAGCUUUCGAGAUCAACGGUCAGAUCGACGCAGAAAUGUAAGGUUUUUAAUUUAAAAAUAACACC